AUGUUAAUUUCUUUUGAACCAUUUAAAGUUCAAGAUGAGGCUGGAAUCCAAGGUUUAGUGUUUAAGAUUAUUAUGAGGUAUUAUAGUUAUGGUUUACCACGUUGGUUUUCUAAAUCUAAUGAUUUCUUGUCCAAGAGAAUGUCAAUGCAUCAUUUGAAACAUAUGUUACUAAUUAAUUCAAAUUUAGUUUUAUCUGGUUUGUUACUAUUCAUUGACGUCUAUAGGGCUGCCACUUACUCUAUCUUCACUAUGAUCCGUUCGCUCAAAAGAAUCUUUGUUGAUCCCUUUGGUAUUGAACUAUUGGGCUUACGAGACCUACGCCCUACCAAAGGGAAAUUGGUAGAGCGUAGACAACAACAUUUAACAAAGAUCAAAAAUUAA